AUGUAUGCGCUGCUUUUGGUCUGUUUGGUAGUUGGGUUCGUAUCGCUUACAAAUGCAGAGGAUUCGUUGGAGGUAGUCAAAGAAAAUGCCAAGUUCAAAGGAAACUUUCUCUAUGGAGGAAGGGGCGAAAAGUUUAAGCUGGCUUGUGUUGCACCAGCUGAUCUACCCCGGAAAGAUCGCAGCAAUUUGAUUUGGUUUGAGAAAGAUCGAAACGUAUGCGGCGAAAAAUUGUGCGAGGCCGUUGAGCAGAAGUACAAACAUUCUGCACGGGUUAUCGAAUGGACAUUGAAAGAAGAUACGGUACUAACCUGUGCGUACAUUGCCGAACCGACACAGUGGAAGAAUGUUUCUGUCCACGUUUUCGCCGAUUCAGGGUUCCACAGUGAUCUGUAUGAAGUGAGGCCACAUGCGGCCAAAAUUCUUUUGUGUAUCGUCAUCUGCAAUUACUUUGACUGGAGCCAGCGCUCUUGUCGAUUUUUACCAAGACCAAGACAGUGCGCUUCUCUUAUGUGGUGGCAGUUGCAGAUACUUCUAACCUUGAUGACCGUUUUGCCGAAUAAUGGAACUCUCUCUUUCGCUAAGACGUACCUGGUGGACAGCGGUGUGUACUUUUGUCGUUCUACGGUAGAUAAAACUAAGCGUGGAUCGAUUAUUGUCGUGAAAGGCAAAGCACACAUUCCCGAGAGAAAUACCGGAAGCAUCAAUCGUUUGCAGGGCGAUAACUUGGAGAUUCACUGUGAUGUUUACGGAUAUCCGCUGCCGACUGUUACGUGGAAGAGAGACAACGAGGAUCUGAGUAAAUAA